AUGGCGACUACCAGGAGUGCCAGAAGACAGUUAAUAAGUGACUUGAAGGAGGAGGGAAAGCUAAUCGGGCUGACCGAUGACAGUUUGGCGGAGGUGGGUAAAGGAAGAGUUGAGGAGGGUAGAAGAUGCGAAGGUCGAGGUUGUAGCAAGGUAUGUAACCCUGUACCCCCGCUUGAGGGACGUGGCGGCGAUGACGCAUCAAGUUCUCUAGGUGCAGCCCACUCAGCUUUAUCAAAGGCCCGUGACCAUAUGAAAGUGAGAAAACAAUUUGGCAAGACUUUGGACAGUUUUCAGUAUUUGCAAUUUCGUCUAGCCGAAAUGGCCACGCAGCUAGUGGCGUCACGGUUGAUAGUUAGAAACGCUGCUAAAGCUUUAGAUAAUAAAGAUGUCAGUGCAGUAGCACUGUGCUCCAUGGCAAAGCUUUUUGCUACAGAAGAAUGUUUCAAGAUUUGUAAUGAUGCAAUGCAAAUUUUUGGUGGCUAUGGUUAUUUGAAGGACUACCCCGUACAGCAAUAUAUGCGAGAUACCAGAGUUCAUUGUAUAUUAGAAGAAGCUGUGUAUGAUGAUUACGGGCUGGAGAUGAUUAAUGUAGUUAAAACGGCUAUCGAGAAGGGAACUCAGUUUGAUCGCCUUUAAGGAAAGAUGACCAUCUAUGGCGACGUACGCAUCUACCGAUGGGCCCUUGCACUACAGGAAUUAGCCUGUACUGGGAAACAUAUCAAGGGAACUGAGAACUUUGUAGCAAUCUAUCAAGAGUGUUUUACGACAACUAGUGUAUAUGAUAUUGAGAAAUUUAUUAUUGUUGGAGAUAGUAUGAUUAUGUUAAGGAAUUUACUAUUGGGGCAUUAUAAUAUGAUUAUAUUGAGAAAUGUUUGAGAAAGGUAUUACUGAUGCAGUAUAGAAUGAUUAUGCUGAUCAAUUUUUUUAUUGCGGCUUCUCACAUGUAUCUUUAUAGGUUGAGAUAGUCAGACCACGAGCUUGGUGCCCGGCCGGAGAAAAACCAUAGUCCACUCUCAGGACCGAAUUGUUCAAGCUGGAUGCGAGCCACAAUCUGGACCAAACUAUCCAGGCUGGAUACACGCCACACUCUGGACCAAACUGUCCAGGCUGGAUACAAGCCACACUCUGGAUCAAACUGUCCAGGCUGGAUACACGCCACACGGUCAAAACGAGGCUUCCUAAGGACUAAAGAAUAAAUAGUCAAGCUCGGGCACCAACAGUGGCUAAUGGAACAAGAAAUAUUUGAUCUCUUUGAAGAAAAAGAGAUCUGAAGGUGGAGGGGAGGGAUGUUACGUCCCUUACAUGUCCCCUGCUUGUGUGUGUGUGUGUGUGUUGCGUGCUGGAACGACAGGUACCCUCCCUUUGGUGUAUAGUUGUAUCCCUUGGUUGAGUGUGUUUACAUGGAGCGAGAGGUGUUCACGUGAGGUGUGUCAGGUGACGGGUGUCAGAGCGUGUGCCAGUGUGUGAAUCAGUUAGUUGUAGUGUGGCUGUGGACGUGGAACGUGGAACGUGGUGUUGAGUAUUGUAUUUAUGUUGUAGACCCCUUUUGAUCCUUUUAUUAUUUUAGUACUGUAUAUAUUAUUAAAUAUCUUAUUAUUAUUGUUAUUA